AUGCCAACAACAACUAUUGAUCCAAUCAGCCCUCUCUAUCUCCACCCUUCAGAUGGUCAAGCAUUUGUUGGGAUUGAGAAACUCCAAGGAUCUUCCAACUUCAGGUCAUGGAAGAGAUCUAUGGAGAUAGCUCUUGCUGGGAAAAGAAAGCUUGGGUUUGUAACAGGAACACUAAAGAAAGACCACGGUGAUGAGGUCAAAUCUGAGGCAUGGGAAACCUGCAAUAGUAUGAUAAUCUCAUGGAUAUUAGGGUCUGUAUCAGACUCAAUCAAACAAUCUAUCAUGUUUGUUAACAGUUCAUCUCAGAUCUGGACUGAGCUGGAAAGGAGAUUCUCUCUUACAAAUGGGUCUAGGAAAUACAAACUAAACAAAGAUUUGUAUGAGACCAAGCAUCAAGGAAAGAAGAUCAGUGAAUACUAUACUAAAAUGAAAGCAAUCUGGGAAGAACUUGAAUCUCUUCAUGCCCUUCCUGUAAUCACCAAUAUCACUUCUGAAGUGAGUGCUUUUCUGACAUCACUGAACAAGCAAAUGGAGGAACACAAGUUGUUCCAAUUUUUAAAUGGUCUUGAUGAUGAAUAUGGACCUCAAAGGAGUCAGCUUCUCAUGAUGACUGCCUUGCCAUCUGUAGAAACAGCAUGUUGCUACCUUGAACAAGAAGAAUCUCAGAGAUCUCUCUUUAACAACAUUAGAGAAGAUUCUGAACCUCUAGUGAUGUUUAGUAGAGGAUCACCUUCAGGGGGAGUUCCUUCAGGGGGAGGUGGCUUUGGUAGAGGUUCUGCUCCUCUCUCAGGAAAUGGAUGCACAGCAUGUGGGAAGGCAGGGCACAUGGCAGAUCAGUACUGGACAGUUGUUGGGUAUCCUACCUGGCAUGCAAAAUAUCAGCAGAAACCUGUCUCAGUUUUUCAGAAAGGAAAAGGGAAGAUAGCUCCAGGGAACAACAAGUGGGGAAAUAGAAACAAAGGCAACAAAGUUGCAGCAAAUGUGAGCAGCAAUCAGAGUGAAUUUGGUGGAUCAAGCACUGGUUCUACAAAUCAAUUCACUGUUCAGCAGAUAGAAGCUCUAUUGAAAAUGCUUCCAAAGCAGUCCUUUGGUGAUAAUGAUGAAGAAACAGAUCACAGCUAUGCAGGUAUGGUAUCAUGUCAUUUUGCUGAAUCUAUUGAAAAUGAAUGGAUAAUAGAUUCUGGUGCUUCUGACCAUAUGACUGGAUAUUUGAAUACAAUGCAUGAUGUUGUUAGAAGUAAAAACAGUCCUCAAAUCAAUCUUCCUACUGGCCAAACUGCUAAUAUUACUCACUUUGGCAGUGUGAAUCUGGGAAACAAUUUAUCUCUGAAAAAUGUACUGUAUGUUCCUAGUUUCAAGCAUAAUCUUAUUUCUGUGAAUAAACUUAUGCAUGAUUCACAUAGUAAGAUAUUGUUCUAUCCCAAAUACUGCAUCAUACAUGACUUGGAGUCUAAUACUGUUAAAGGGAUAGGAAGAAUGAGGAGUGGUUUGUACUAUCUGGAAAACAAACCCAUUGAGACAGUUAUAGGUCAGUUAAAGGCACAAAUAUCUGGAGAAGAAGAGAGUGAGAGAAAAGGAGCAAUGAAUGUGAGUACAUAUAGAAGUGUCCCUACAGUUGUGACUAAUGUUCCAAAAUUAAGCUCUAGAACUUUGUGGCAUCAUAGAUUGGGGCAUGCCCCAAUUUAG